ACGCGAACGAGUUCAGGAGGAGAAAAAAAUGCGCAUGCGCAGUAUAAUUAACUCGCGCAUAGCUAAAGCUAAAGCUAGCACAACGUUUAUGUAAGUUUACGCUGAAUUGGUUGACGCUUUUGUGACUUUUUUUUAAAUAAUUUUUCCACACAGAAAGCGAAAAUUUAACUCAACGAUGAAUAAAUCAAGCUGUAAUGCAGAAGGACCGGAUAAAGUUGACAUGUCUCUUGAUGAUAUUAUCCGGUUAAACAAGAAGCAGAAGGUGGCACUGAGGAAGCAGAGGCUCGGUGUUCGAGGUCGAUUAGCACCAGGGAGACGAACAGGAGCGCCGCUGCACCGGGGAGGAGGGGUGAAUAAGCUGUUCAGGCGGCGCGGACAGGGCGUCAUCACCGGCCUUGCAGCGAGGAAGGCAGCCCUGCUGAAAGGCGUCAGUCCGUUAAACCGACCUGCGCUGAACCGAGCCAACCUCAACAAACGCGGCCCUAACCGAGCCCCUGCAAAACGCUCCUCCGCUCUCUAUCAGAGAACGCGGCCGUUUGUUUCGCAGAGGCGGACGUACGCGCAGGCGGACCCUCGGAAAGCUCCGGGACGCAUCUCUAAUGGACCCUUCAGGCUGCGCAGGAAAUGGAACGCUCCUCCGGUGAACGAGGUGCAGAGGGAAGCCCGCCAGGCCACGUUCCUCUCCAGAAGAGGCUUAAAGGUUCGUGCGCACGUGCAGAAAUCGACACCAAUCCAAGCACCUCGGAGAACACAGAGAACCCGACCGUGGCGCACUCCUCUAAACAGCAGUGGCAUUCUCACCGUGUCGAUAGAUAACCCCGGAGCCAGAACUCAGCCUGAACCUGCCCACUCGUGGUCGCUCCACCCACCCACAGUGAUCCCGCCCAGUCAGAAGACAGCACCGGAGCCUGAGAGGAAAACGCCCAAAGGGGUGGCACUGCAGUUCGACAUCAACAGCGUGGGAAAACAGCAGACGGCCAUGACGCUUAACGAGCGCUUCCGCAUCCUGAAGCUGAAGCGCAUGGCAGCGGUGCAGCAGAACGCCAGAGGUGGCCGGUUCGUCACCGUGGGCUAGCACCCGUCUCAGAGAGCCAAUCGCAAAAGGCCGCAGAGGUCACAUGACUCCCUUGGCACCUUUGCAGCAACACACUGAAGGAUGGCUUUUCUCCUCCUCAGCUGCUCCGGCACACCAUUUGAACAGACUUUCCUGCUCCGAAGAGAGGGUUUUUUUAUUUUUGGUCCUCAAGGUCAGAAUUUGGAUGUGGUGGAAAUGCUUUCCAUAAUUUGUUUAUCCAUUUUCAGUAAUGGUUCCUCCCCCCCCCUCCAAAAAAAAGCCUAAGUUCUUGUGUUUUGCUUAUUCAUGUCUUCAACUGUUUUUUUUUUUAAAUGUUUUACAGCCUGCCAGGACUUUGGUUAGUGUGUAUUGAGGUUUUUUUUGUUUGUUUGUUUGUUUGUUUUUGAACAGUUGGGUGUUUUAAACUUUUUUUUUUUAAAUAAGAUUUCAAAAAAAUAAAAAUAAACACCUUGUGAUUAAA